CUGUGUGUUUGUACUGUGUACACGUAUAAGAUUAUGUGAAGUUUUUAUUAAAAAAAUAAAACAAAAUGGAGUACGCACACCAUAGGAUAUACGCGUAUAUAUUUACAAUAAUAAUGCACACUGGAAAUUUAAUAUAUCUCGCUAUAUUUGUAGAACCACAUAUUAAAAUGGAUCAAGAUUUAAUAAUUUUAAAGAAACUACAACCUAGGUUAUUUACUAUAUGGACUUUGAUGAUACAAAUGUUCUACGCAUUUGUUUGCCUCAUAAUUGAUCUACGGGAGUUAAAAAAUCGGGAAAAUAAAAAAUACAAAUUGUCAAAAUACUUCCGAGGUUUCAGAGAUACGUUGUUCGCGAGUGUUUUAUGGCCAGCUUGUUGGGUUGUAAUUAUAGUAUUCUGGUCGCUUUCACUAUACGACAAAGCCCUAAUAUUCCAGAAGAACACAGACAAAUUUUUGAAUCCAAUAUCGAAUCAUAUUUUGCACACAGCCAUAAUGCCUUUGGCUGUGUGGGAGAUCAUGUACAGAUAUAGGACACAGCCACGCACACAUCGAAAGUAUUUCUAUAACACGGUGUUCUUUUUUGCUUUGUAUUUUGUUGUGAUAACCUACACUUACUUCGAAAGAGGCAUUUGGAUAUAUCCAAUUUUCGCAAAAUUCUACGGCACUAUAUACUUCCCGCUCAUAUACACGGUGAUAAGCGGGAUAGCAAUAUCCGCGUAUUUCUUGCAAUGGCCGCUGACAGAUUACUUUUGGCGGGAAAGGAGAACUCUCAAAAAGAAAAGAAAGAGAUAUAAAAUUGGAUACACAGUAUACGUUUAUGUGUUAUGUUUCUGAUUUUCGCAAAAGACUUCACUGACUCCCUAGGUAUUCGUCUUCGCCGGAAUACUCACAUCCUUCAACUUUUGUACUCUAUCCUGUUUGACCCGAAAACUCCUAUCUACCUUAAGAAUCAGUUCCAAUAUUUACAUUCCAACAGUUACCUUUCCCUCCUUUCUUCUGAUCUCC